AUGAAGAACGACGACGUUCAUUCACGGACCAACGAAACACCGUUGUGCCUGUUCUCAUGUCCAUCUUCCAUACCAUCUCCUCUUUUACAGAUGAACACAUUCUCACCCAAUGUAUCUCCUUUCUUGGAUCAUCCAUUCACAUGCUGUUUGGAUGAAGCGAGAGAGAGUGAUUACAUGCUGGAGCUCGUCGAUUGUUUGGCACAUGCACCAUUUCUUCCUCCUCAUGAUUGGCAAUACAGUAAGGAGCUUGAAAGAGGAGGAGGAGUUCUCUCCCAAGAGGACCAUUCUUCUUCUUCUUCUUGCUCAUCACAACAGGUUGUUGUGGCACCAAAUGAUUACGACGCAAAGAAAGCAUCCAUCCUCACUGAGCAGGAGAAGGAGGAGGUCUCUCCUCGAGCUCUAUCUGUGCAUUCCUCGUCACCACAUGCUGCUUUGAGAGUAUUUACACCCACGUGGCUACAACAUGCAUCACUUUUGGAGCACAUUAGACAACAUCCUUUGCAACAUGUGAGGGAUUUGGAACAUAGUCAUCUGUCGAGACUUCUUACCUAUAUUCACAACAAGGAAAAAGCAUUCACAUGUUUGAAAUUUGAUAUAUUUUCAGCACCUAAUGCUCAACAUCGAGAGAAAAUUAACAAAGCGAUGAGUGCUGUUUAUUUGGUUUCGGGAAAGCUGUUCUUCCCAAAAAAGGAAUACAUUCGAUUCAGUUUAAAAGCCAUCAUGGACGCUCUUUCUCAGAAAGAGUUAACGAGAAGAAAUUCGAUUUGGAUUUUGGUGAAAAAUCAAUUUUAUUUUACCACAUGUGAAGCUAAGAGAGCGAAUUUUCCAAAUUGUGACAAUAUGCUCGAAUUGAAUCCAGACGACACUGUUUCUUUGAGGAAGGAAGAUUCUUUAAAUGGAUUUUCAAGCAAGGUCGUCUCUCCUACAAGUGCAGUGUUCAAAUUUAAACAUUCCUCCUUUCAAAGAUAUCACCCUAGUUUACUUCUUCCCAGUCAUCCGAUUGAAAAAACGGUUUUAAUUUGUAAGAGAUUGGCUAAACCUACCUCUCAUCCAACAAAGAAACGAAAAGAACAUGAUAUCUGGUUUGUGUUAGAUAAGACAUCAUCACUUGACAUGCAUGCUGCUGAUUUUGAUGAGAUACCGAAAGAUAUUUAA